CUAAAGGAGUAUUCAUUCAUUAAUUUCUAUCAACCUGUUACAACAUUAGCUCUACACCUAAGAGUGUGAAAGGGAGGAAUAUAACUCUUUAGGGUAAAUAAGAAGGAAGAAUGGGAAAAGAGAUAGUGAGAGCUGAAUCAGGUGAUGAGUCAACCUUCAAAUGGUCAUCAAAUUCAUCAUCAACUACAUCUUCCUUAUUGUUUGAUCAAGAAGACUAUAGGAUGCCUUUGUUGGCAUUGAACCAUGUUUCCUAUGUUUGCAAGUCUGUUCCCAAAAGUGUCAAAUUCUAUGUGGAAGUUCUUGGCUUUGGUCUCAUUCAGAGGCCUUCUUCUUUCGAAUUUGAAGGAGCUUGGUUGUUCAAUCACGGAAUUGGAAUACAUUUGUUAGGAAAAAAAGAUGCACCAUCAAAGCAUGGGAAAAUAAACCCAAAAGACAAUCACAUUUCAUUCCAAUGCUCAGAUAUGAACCUUAUUAUUCAUAGAUUGGAUGAGAUGAAGAUUGAGUAUGUUACAGCUACUGUGAAGGAUGGUGGAAUCACAGUGGAUCAACUAUUCUUCCAUGACCCAGAUGGCAACAUGAUUGAGAUAUGCAAUUGCCAAAAUAUACCAAUUCUUCCAAUUUCCUCUUGCCCUCUCAGGAAGCUCUCCAAUCUUCCAACGUUUAACCAAAAAACAAUGCCUAAUUCCUUUUACGGGAAUGGAACCAGUAAGAAGAAUUGCUUAGGAGAAAUGGAAUAUCAAAUGAUGGAGAGCUUAGCCAUGAAUAUGAUGGACAUUUCAUUUUGAAUAUUUAUGUAUAUCUUGUAUCUAGUCUUUAACUUUUUACCUAAUUAUCAAUUAAAGAAACACAGAAAUUUCAUUUGCUUAUAUAAUAGAGGUUCAUUCUACUGUUGCCACUUCAUAGAUUAAUAAAACCAUUUUUCA